AUGAACUUUCCUCGCGGUACUUUGUAUUUGAUUGCCAUUUUUCAACUAAUCACAGGUUCAAAUGAGUUAUUUGCAGGCGGUGGAGGCACUGGUGGCGGAGGUGCAUCAAUGGGAGGAGGAGGGGGUUUAGGUGGGGCUGGUGGAAUGUCAAGUGCAGGUCUCGGCGGUGGUUCUAAACCAAGUGGCGGGAUUGGUGCUGGUCCCAUUAUCGGAGCUCCGUCCAUCGGAACAGGUGUCGGCGGUGAUUCUAAACCAAGUGGCGGCUUUGGUGCUGGUCCCAUUUUCAGAACUCCGUCGAUCGGAACUGGUUUUCCUCUAUUUACUGGCGCCGGAGCAGGUAGUGUUGGUCGUAAAAGUCAUUUUUCGUUUGCUGCACCACCAUCCAGCAUUAGCCAAACAUCUGGAACAUUCGGGGCAGAUAGCAAUGGCUUAUUACAACAAAGGAAUGUUGGAGCAUUGGGAGCCACAGGACUAAACCAUGAUUUAAUAACUCAGGAUGGCGCAAGUGAAGCUCGCAAAACUCAUUUCACUUGGGGAAAACCAGCGCCAAGCACGGGUUUCAUAGCGCGCUUAAAAGAUGCGGCUGUAAAGGUUGGAAUUAUGAAACCUGAUCCACCGCUGAAGAAAUUCGCCUAUACACAUGCAAAACCCGAGUUGACUCAUAUUUACAAUCAACCAAUUACAAGUCUACAAGAAUUUCGGCGCCCAUUAGAUGGCACAGGUGGACAAGCAUUUCAUGACGUGGGAAAUCGAAUACAGAAAGAAUUAGACAGCUGGGGUGGUGAGCACGGCAACUGGAUUCGAAGAAAUCUACCAUCUAAUGUAAGUUAA